GAUGGAUUCUCAACAGAACGAUAGUUCAUUUUCGAUACAGCUUGCCUUGGAGAAGCGGAAUUUACGUCAUCAAAUCGCGUCCGAGUGUACAUGCGGAGGCUGUUGCCCUGCAUAACAUUUCUAGAGGAAAAAUGGCAUCAGUGCAUAAAGAUUUAAAUAAUCGUCGAGAAAACUUCAGAACCGGAGCAAAUCACUCUUCGAAGGUACCUCGGUCGGCAGGCAAAUACAAGCAGAAGUGGGUCUCGGAACACAAACAACAGUAUGGGAGUUUGCAGGAGGGCAUGGGAUUCGCUUUCAAACGGAAGGAGAAAGUGAAACACGAGUACAACAAACUGCUUCGAAUCCAACGGAAAAGAAAGGGACAGGAGACCAAUUUAACAGAUAAGUAUCCAGAACAUCUGCAACACCUUUAUUUGGCUGAGGAGGAAAGAGAAAGAAAUGAAGAACUUAAGAAAAGACAAAGUCGGACUGAAGGGAGAAUAGCUUCAAUGGGAAUAGAGGAGGAGGAGGAGGAGAAGGACAGCCAUGAACUCUGCCCUGACGAGGUCAGGAUCACCACAGCAGCUGACCCUGCAGUUUCUUCUGAGCAGACGGACACUGUCAGCACACCGUCUCCUUCAGCGCCAACUCAACUGCCAGACAGCAAGAAGAAAAAGAGGAAGAUGACGUCUUAUAACAGGACAAAGGAAGAUUAUGUGAAACAACAAGAGGAGCGUGAGAGAAAGAAGGAGGCAUACCAGAAGAGUGCAGCAGAGAGAGUGGAGGCCAUUCAGAAGUAUAAAGAGAAGAAAAUAGCAACGUAUCAACUGCUGAAGAAGAAAACCAAGAAAGGCCAGCCCAACCUGAAUGCCCAGAUGGAGCUACUGCUUGAGAAGAUCCAGGGUGGAAAGAAAUGACAAGGGACUUAUAGUUGCCUUUAAAAGGCUUUAACCAGCAGUACAUACUACAACAAAUCAAAGGUUAUCGGAUUGUGUCCAUCAUCAAAUCUAUUGUGUGUGUGUGUGUGUGUGUGUGUGUGUCUGCGUGAGAGAGUGUGUGAGUAUGUGAGCAAGAUGGAGACACGGAAAGAGGGAGCUUUAAAAUAAUUAUCUUUCAUAGUGAUGUAAUUAACUGCCAGGAGUAAAAAUGUAGCUCCCCAAGUGAUGGCAGGGUUAGUAUGCCAAAGUACAGCCAGGUAAACCAGCUGCCAUUUAAAUUACAGGUGCCUUAUAACAUCGCACUCUUUGGGAAAAGCUCCCUUCUGUUAGCGCACCGGGCAUACAGGAAGGCAGCAUUAGUACCAUUCUCUUAAACUCAGACACGUCUCUCACCAGAUGUUGCAGAUCUUGCAAGGCGCCUGAAUAAAUUUUUUCACAUAAGGAUUUCCAAAAUAAUUAAAAGGACUUGGCUACUA